UCUCUGUCUCGGAUUCCCCAGCGGUGCCUGGAAGAGAAAGUGGAGAUUCUGCAGGGGAAGAUCUCCCUGCUGGAGGACCAGCUGGCCAAGCUGACCAAGGAGACCAGCUCCCUGCCGGUCAAAGGAGAAGUCCUGGGGGACGUCUUGAAGCUGGAGGGCCUGAAUCAGCAAGUGGCCAGCCUCAGCAGCCAGCAGGUCGAACUGCAAGCCGCCGCCCUGCGCCUGGAGGAGGAGAAGCGCCUGCUGGAGGCCAACCUCCAGGCCGAAAGGAGAAGCUUCGAAGCGGAGAAGGCCCAGCUGACGGGCCUCCUGACGGAGCUGCAGAACUCCAGCUCCGAAAUCUCCCGCGCCAAGGAGAAGCUGGAGCAGGACCGCCGGGCCCAGGAGGAGUGCCUGAUCGCCCAAGCCAACAGCCUCACGGCGGAGAUCGCCAAGCUGACGGGCUUCCUGCGCCAGAGGGACGAGGAGCUGCUGGCGCUGCACCAGCAGGUGGAGGCCGAGCGGAGCCAGAAGAGCCAGCUGGCCGAAGAGUGGGAGAAGAAGGAGCAGAGGUCCCGGGCAGCCCUUGAAGACCUGAGCCGCCAGGUGGACCAGCUGAGCGGCUCCCUGAAGCAGAGCAACCAGAAGGUCUCCCAGAUCGAAGCCGCCAGCCAGGAAGAGUACAACCGCAUUGCCCAGGAGAAGGAGCUGGCCGUCAGGCAGCUCCAGGAGAAGGAAGCCGAGGUGUCCUCCCUGGCCGAGCGGCUGCAGUCCCUGGAGCACGCCCGGACCUCUUCCGCUGUGGAGCUGCACCAGGAGAAGAUGGAGGCCAGCCAGAAGAUCCAGGCGCUGGAGGCCAAGGUUUUGGCCCUGACCGCCCAGGGCCAGCAGAGCGAGGCCCAGGCGGCAGCCGUCCCGGCCUUGAAAAACCAGCUGCGGGAAGCCCAGCAGAAGCUGGCCGAGAAGGAGAAGCUGGCCAGGGAACACACCCGUCUCCAGGAGCGGCUGAUGGUCCUCGAAGAGUCCGUCCACAACACCGAGGGCAUCCUGGAGGACGAGAAGAGGAGGGCGGCGGAGUCCCUGGAGAGCAACCUCCGGCAAAUCACAGAGCUGGACGAGCAGGUCCAGGCGCUGACCAGGCACAAGGAGCAGGCGCAGGAAGGCCUGGUGGAGGAGAAGGCCAGGAGGCAGGCCUUGGAAGGCCAGAUGCAGCGGCUGGAAGAGGAAUCCAGGAGGAAGCUAGAAGAGCUUCAGCGUCAGCUGGCGGAGCUGCCCGUGGCCAAAAGGGAGCAAGCGGCCGGUGUGGGUCAGGAGCAGAGCGGCCAGAAGUUUCAGGCUGACCAGAAGAAGUUGGCAGAGCUGGAAGCUCAGCUGAAAGAUCUCAGGGCCCAGCACCAGGAAGCUCUGGCGGCCGCGCAGGCCAAAUUGUCUCAGUCCGUUGCCCAAGUCAAGGAGAAGACGAGCUCGGAAGAGAAGCUCCGAGCCAAAGUGGCCGCCUUGGAGAAGCAGGUGGCUACCACGCGCCAGGAAUCGGCUCAGGCCAAGAAGGAGGGGCACGAGGCCGCUCGGGAGCUGGCCGAGACCGUCAAGAGUCUGGCGGAAGAGCGGCUCAAGAGAGAGGAGCUGGAAGCCAGGGUGAAGCAGUUGGGGGAGCAAAGCAGCGAAGACCUGACCACGGCCGAGUCCAGCCUGUCCAGCCUCCGGUCCGCUCUGAAGGAGAAAGAGCAGGAGGUAGAACAGGCCUCUGCCCAGGCGAGGGAGCUGAAGGCCAGGCUGGAGGAGGCCGUGCAGCAACGGGAAGGCCAGCGGGCUCGGCACCAGGAGGAAGCCAAGCGGCUGGUGGAGGAGGAGGGGCGAGCCCAGGCCGAGCUGGCCGCGGAGAAGGCCCAGAAGGUGGCCCUGGAGGCGCAGCUGCAGAACCUCGCCAACGAGCACCGGGUGGAGGUCUCCGGCCUCCAGGAGGAGGUGGCCAGGGCCCAGGACUUGGUGGGCGAGAAGGAGAGGGAGCUGGAGGAGCUGCGCCUGAAGAACGUCUCCCGCUGCGAGGAGUUGAGGGACCUGCAGAAGACGGUCAGCAAGCUGAAAGGGGAGCUGGCCUCGGCGGAGGCGCUGAAAGAGAGGGAAGCCAAGAGGGAGGGCGAGCUGCAGGGCUUCCUGGAGGUGGCCAGGACCCGGGAGGCCGAGAUCAGUGGCCUGAAAGCCCUGCUGCGCUCCAAGGACGCCUCCCUCCAAGGCCUGGAGGAGCAGAAGCUCCACUGGGAGAAGGAGUCGGCCUCCACCCGGGAGGCCUACGAGAAACAGCUGAAGGAGGGCAAAGAGCUCCACGGCCAGGUCGGCCGGCUGGAGAAGCAGAGCAAGGAGCAGCAAAGCACCAUCGCCAAACUGGAGAAGCUGACGGCCGCCUCCAAGGAGCAGCAGCACGCCGAGGCGGAGGCCUUGAAGCGGGAAGCCGGGCACCAGAGGCAGAGGACCUCCGAGCUGGAGAAGCAGCUGGAGGCCUCCAAGGCCAGCGUGGAGAGACUGAAGCAGGAGCUCCUGCGGGCGGAAGAGGAGCUGGGGCGGAGCCAGAAGGCCGUGGCGAGAGCCGAGGAAGAGCUGGCCGCCUUGCGGGCCUCGGCUCAGGAGAAGGAGAGGUCGGAAGAGAGCUGGAAAGAGCAGGCGUCCCGCUACCGCCAGGAGGCGGAGAGGAAGGCCGGCCACAUCAACAGCCUGGAGCAGGACAGGUCCAUCCUGCACCGGCAGCUGCUGGAGAAGGAGGCGGAGAGCAAGGACCUCCGGCGCCUGGUCAUGGCCGAGUCGGAGAAGAGCAAGAAGCUGGAGGAGAGGCUGAGGCUCCUCCAGUCCGAGAUGGCCACGGCGGCCUCCCGGGCGGCAGAGCGGUGCUCGGCGAUGAAAGCAGAGGCCCAGAGCUCCCAGGAGCAGGCCGAGAAGCUGCGGCUGUCCGUGGAGGCCCUGAAGAAGGAGCUGAGCGGGCUCUCCAAGCGGGAGGAGGCCCUUGGCCAAGAGCUCCAGGCCUGGCAGGAGAAGGCCGUCCAGAAGGAGCAGCUCCUGGCAGGGCAGCAGCAGGAGUUGGCCGGAGCUCAGGCUCUGAUCGGGGAGCUGGUGCCCCUCAAGGGCUUGUGCCAGCAGCUCCAGGCGGAGCAGGCCGCGCGGGGGGACCAGCACCGGGAAGAGGUGGGGCAGCUGCAGAAGACCGCGGGCCUCCUGCAGGCGGAGCUGAGCAGGGCCAAGCAGGAGCUCUCGGAGGCCGCCUCCGCCAAGGAGAGGCUCCUCCAGCAAGAGCAGCUCCUCCUCCAGCUGCAAGCGGAGAACAGCGGGCAGGUGGAGCGCCUGGCCGCCCUCCAGCAGGCCCACGCCCAGCUGGCCGAGGAGAAGAGGGAGCUGGCGGAGAAGGCCACCCAAGGGCGGCAGAGCCUGGACCGGGAGUUGGCCCAGGUCAAGCAGAACCACGCUCUGGAGCUGGAGGCUGCCCGGCUGGAGGCUGAGAAGCUGGUGGCCGGGAGCAAGCGGGAGGCGGAGGAGGCCCAGAAGAAGCUGGAGGCCAUGGCCGGCACCUGCGAGGACAGCAAGCAUCAGCUGGCAGCUCAGGCAGAGAAGCUGGAGAAACAUCAGCGGGAACAAGCCAAGCAG